AUGUUUGAAGCUUAUGUAACUACAGAGGUUGCUUCAAAAUUGGAAAAAUCAGUCGAAGUUGUUUCUAUUGCUGCCGACAGUAAUCCUUUACAAACUUAUCUGUUGCGCAACUUUUUAAUUAAUAUAAUUACAGCUCAUGCAAAGAAAGUUUAUCUAGGCAGUAAAACUGGCCACUUAUUAUCAUUGACCGGACUUCGCGGAGGCAGGCGUGGUUAUGACCUAUCAAUAUGCAGAUCAUUUGAAAAGAAAGCUGUUACUGCUUUACAAAUUGUACCUGAACAUGGCAUAAUUCUUUGUCUAUCUGACGGCCAGUUUUCUGCUCACGAUAUCAUACAUCCGUUUGGUUUAAAGGCAACACUUACCGACGUCAAACCAGUUACAUCGUUUUCUACUUAUAUCAAUGAAGAGGAUAAUUUUCUUUAUGUAGCUUUAUCUGCUCGUAAGAAGAUUUACUUCUACAAGUGGUUUGUAGAUGAGUUCUCGAGCGUGGCUGUAAACCUUUCACCUGCAUAUUUAUGUGACAUCCCACAGCUUAUUGUUUGGUGUGGGCCUAUCGUAGCGUUAGCAGCCGCAAACGAAUAUUAUUUCUUCAACUUCUCUUUACUUUCCGAUGAAGUCGUGGAAGUUAAAAAGCUUUUUUCACUUGGUUCAAGAGCGGGAGACCCUUUGAUUGUCGAUUUCAAAGAGGAAAAAUUGGUUGCGUACUGUAAAGAUGAUUUCCUUGUCUUCCAAGACUAUGACGGUGCUGCAAGCCCAGUUUCAAAAAUCAAAUUUUCUGUUUCGCCACUGGAGAUUGUUUAUGAUGCUCCCUAUGUGGUAGCGUUGCUUCCUAAAGGAAAAAUUGAAAUUCGUUCUGUGAAACCGUCAAUGCAUAUCCAGACUCUUCAGCUAACUAAAGCUUCUCAUCUAGCGAAGGCGAUGCCUGGCACUGUAUAUGCAGGUAGCUCUGGUGACGUUUGGCUACUAGAUUCUCAUCCUCAUAUGAAAGAAAAUGUAGAAAGGCUUGUCCGAGAAAAACAUUUUGAACUUGCUAUACAUUUAGCGGAGAAAUGUGAAAAUAUAGAUAAAGAUGGUGUGAUUGAAAUUAAAAGGAAAGCAGCUUUUAACCUGUUUUGUCAGCGGAGAUUUGACGAGUGGUUGGAACUACACACUGAGGCAAAAACCGAUGUCAUGACAGUAAUUGCGCAUUUUCCUUGUCUUCUUGAUUCCGCUUAUCGUGCCUCUCUGAGCUCUCUUUUGGACGAACCAUUACCAGAUUUUGCCGAAAACGAACGCAAAAGCGGUUUACUGGCACUCUCUCGAUAUCUUGCAGCGGUCAGAACAGAACAUGCUAAAAUCAUAGCUGAUUAUAAGAAAAGUAUGGCGUCAGAUACUCCAAAAGCCUUAAAAAAAGAAGAUAUAUCUCAUCACGAGAUGGUACUUAAAGUCGUCGACACCACUUUGCUCAAGUGCUACUUGCAGGCAAAUGAAAAUUUGGUUGCAUCGCUAAUGCGUUUACCAGAUAAUAUGUGCAUUCUUGAAGACUCUGAACAGAUUCUGAUAGAGAAGGAGAAAUUUUACGAGUUAUAUUUGCUCUAUAAGAACAGAGGUCACCAUCGCAAAGCUUUAACGCUAUUAAAAGAGCAUUCUCAUGAUCCUGACUCUUUAUUGACUGGUUGUGAAAUGACCGUCAGAUAUUUACAACAUUUGGAUAACUCUAACCUCGAUCUCAUUUUUACGUAUGCACCUUGGGUGUUUCACGAAGAUUUUGAUGCAGGAUUUUCUGUUUUUACAUACGAUGAUGAUGAAGCUCGUAAUCUAGACAGAGACCGUGUUCUUCAGUUCCUGACAAGAGAGUGUGUUCCGGCAAUAAUUCCAUAUUUAGAGCACAUAAUUUAUGAACUGCAUGAGAAAAGGCCCAAAUUCCAUGAAGCUCUUGGAUCACAUUACAUUUCCCAAGUGAAGCGAUUGAUGAAAGAAUAUAUCAGCGCAUUAAAAGAUGAUGAAGUCAUUGUUCGUGCAGGAGAAGAAGAAGGUGAAUUGGGUGAGUAUCGCAGAAAGUUGGCUUAUUUCCUGAAGGUGUCUGACAGCUACAGCGCAGAGAAACUAUUAGUACAACUUCGAAAUGAUUCUCUGUACGAAGAACGGGCUAUGCUUUUGGGGAGGCUGAAGAAGCAUGAGCAGGCACUUGCCAUAUAUACAAAUGUUUUGAAAGACUACAAAGCAGCUGAAAAUUACUGCAGCACACAUUACGAUCGCAAUGAUCCUGAAAAUUCUAAAGUAUGGCUUAUUCUUCUUCGCAUGUACACUUACCCACCAGACAGAUCCGUACUCGGGCUAAUGCAAAAAGAUUUUUAUUAUUCAGAGCCUAAUCAGGUUGAGGCAAUUAGAAUUUUAAAGGAUCACGCCAAUUCUAUCGACACCGGCAAUGUGCUAACUUACUCUAUUAUAGUUGAAGCGUUGUCACUGUUGCCUCCAAAUUUUCCUUUGAGAAAUGUUUGGAAUGCUCUUGAAGCAAUUUUACAAGCUGCGCAUGCCAAAAAAACAUCGGUAAGUUUUUCGUUUUUGUUAAGUUACAAUUUUAGAUUACCAUUAAACAAUUCAUCUCUAAUUCUUAUCUACCCAUUUUCAAUACAGAUUUGA